AGUCCUAGGGUCUCCGACCCGCGGCCACCGGGGAGCCUUGCAGCUAUUGCCUCGGGGACCGCGGCCCCAGCCAACCCUCUCCCAUUGGUGAGCAGGAUGGACGUGGACUCCCACCUUGGCUCCCUAUUGGCCGCCGGUGCCGUCACUCCUCGGCUGCCCGCGCCCUCCAGCCUUUCCCGCCUGAGGCGCUUGAUGAUUGGUCACGGUCGGUCGCGGCCGGGGACCUGGGGUGCCCGGGUCCGAGCGGCUUCUGCAGGGUCGCUUUGGGCUGUGCAGCCAGCCACUCCCGGCGGAAAGUUCGACUUCGGCUCUGGAUGACAAGUUGGCGUGACGGAGAUGCCUUCUAACUUUCCCUGGGUGGGGACUGACAUUCCUUGCGAGCUGCUGGCGGGGCUCCCGGGCAGCGUCCGCACCCCGCGGUCAGGCUCCCAGCCCUCGACCCCCAAGCCGGGUCCGCAGUGCGCGAUGGUUUAGGGCCACGAGCCGAGGGGUUCUCGCAGCCCGGCGACCCCUGUCCCUUCCAGCGGGGGAUUCGCUGACGCAGCGAGUCGCCGGCUGGUGCCUUGCCGGGGAUGGAACGAGGACAUGCGGGGAGAGCCGGGGUGCGGAGGAAACGCUGUGUCAUCCCCUGGGGCCGCGGGCUGUAGAGGGAGUCCGCGUCCCCGGGAGCCCGCCUCAGCCCCCUCCCCCGGUGCGACCUCCGAGACGGGUCUCUGGCACCCGGGCCCUGGCGCGACCGAGCGCUCGGCUCUGUCCGACCCGGUCGGUCUCUUCGGAGCACGGUGACAGUGGCCCUUUUACUCGGGGACCCCCGACAGGGCGUCGCUAACUCGCCCUCGGCCGCGGAGACGGGGAUCGAACCCACAACCCGGACGUGCGGCGAGGGCUGAAGGCUUGGAGGGGCCGUACCCACGCUUCGGGCCGCCUCGUACCCUCCGUCCUCUACUGCCUCCAGCGCCGAGGAGGUGGACUUUAUUAGGAAAAGGGCCGAGAGGCUCCGCUGAAGCGAACCGGGCUUGCCUUGGGUGGGGGGCAGCGGAGGCGGACAGAAAGAAGUUUGCAGGAAGAAAGGAAAUUGUACAAAGACAUCCUUCUACGGUCGAUUCAGGCACUUCUUGGAUAUUAUCGAUCCUCGUACACUCUUUGUCACUGAGCAUCCCUUCAAAGUGGAUAUAUAGCAUCAUUAUGACUUCAUACUCUAAUGAAGUUAUUACCCAGGACCUGAAUGACACACUCAUGACAAAAGUUCAAGUGAGACGUCUCAGAGAGGCUGUGCAGCUGCUGGAGGACUACAAGCAUGGGACCCUGCGCCCAGGUGUCACCAAUGAACAGCUCUGGAGUGCACAGAAAAUCAAGCAGGCUAUUCUACACCCAGAUACCAAUGAGAAGAUCUUCAUGCCCUUUAGAAUGUCAGGUUACAUUCCUUUUGGAACGCCAAUUGUAGUUGGUCUUCUCUUGCCCAACCAGACACUGGCAUCCACUGUCUUCUGGCAGUGGCUGAACCAGAGCCAUAACGCUUGUGUCAACUAUGCAAACCGCAACGCUACCAAGCCUUCUCCUGCGUCCAAGUUCAUCCAGGGCUACCUGGGAGCUGUCAUCAGUGCCGUCUCCAUCGCCGUGGGCCUUAAUGUCCUGGUUCAGAAAGCCAACAAGUUCACCCCGGCCACCCGCCUUCUUGUCCAGAGAUUUGUGCCGUUCCCCGCUGUAGCCAGUGCCAACAUCUGCAACGUGGUCCUGAUGCGGUAUGGGGAGCUGGAGGAAGGCAUCGAUGUCCUGGAUGGUGAUGGCAACCUCGUGGGCUCCUCCAAGAUUGCAGCCAGACAUGCCCUGCUCGAGACGGCGCUGACGCGGGUGGUCCUCCCCAUGCCCAUCCUGGUGCUCCCCCCUAUCGUCAUGUCCAUGCUGGAGAAGACGGCUCUCCUGCAGGCACGUCCCCGGCUCCUCCUCCCCGUGCAAAGCCUUGUAUGCCUGGCGGCCUUCGGCCUGGCCCUGCCACUGGCCAUCAGCCUCUUCCCGCAGAUGUCAGAGGCAGCCCCCAGAAUUCCUGAGGGAGUGAGGCCUAAACUCUUCUCCCGGACCUCCAAGCCUCUUCCACCCCUGCAGGGAGCAGCUAAGGGCCUCCCAUUGCCAGGGAGACCACGUAGUAGAGGUGAGGUCCAUGGUUGGGGUCAGGCCAACCCAGGUUCCAGUCCCAGCUUGGCCCCAACAUGACUCUGUGACUUCCAGCCAGUCAUUUCCUUUAUGCACUCCUUAAUUCCCUCAGAUGUUUAAGGAGCACCUUCUCUAGCAGGGCCAUGGUGUCUUUAGCUAUAAAAUGUCAAGAGCAGCAUCACUUGCUGGGCUGGUGUGAGGACUGGAGAGACUAGGUGAGGAGCACACAGACUCUUCUCAUGCCUCCCAUGUGUCAGGAGGGCUGCUGCCUCCCCUUACCUGGGCACUGGGCCUCCCUAGGAGAGUGGGGGGAGGAAAAAGGAUGGGGGUGGGGUCUGUUCUCAAAGCGAUACUUCUAGGUCAUGGGGCUUCUGGUCUCGGGGGAAUUUCUUUGUGAAAGAGCCCCACUGGCCACAGCCCCCAUCCGGGCGGAAAUCUUUGACUCUCAGGACAGACACAAAUCCCUCCUAGGAGCUGUUUGUUGUUUUUAGCUGGUUUGGGGGCUCAGCUCCUGCCCAGCCCGGAGAUCAUUAACACUCCAGGAAUGUGGCUUCCCCUGGCCCCAUCCCCACCCACUGGCCCCUAAGGCCUCCCUCCUCCCACUCAGGCCAUGGUUAGAAGGAGGGUCAGAAUGCUAGGGGAUGAAGACAGUGAUGAGUGACCCUUUCUCAAGGCCCGGGGUCAUUUUCAGAAUGGAGCUCCCUCAGCCUCUCAGAGCUGCUGCUGCUCCUGCCAUCUCACCCACAAGCCCUGCUGCUGAUUAGCCCCUUAAACAGCAAGGUCUCAGCCACUCCCAAAAGGCCUAACCCCCAUGUGCCCUUGCUUCCCUGCAGUACCAGGUGUCUCUCAGGGCAGUGGCUGAAAAAUGUUCAUUCACUUCUCACGCCCCACUCCAAGGUAGCUGUUGGCAACCUUGUCUAAGCUCAGAGCCUCGCUCCUUCCUGACAAGGACAUCUUCUCAGAGUCUGGGGCCCCACCUCACCCCAGUUCCCUGGGCCUUGUGGGAGGGUAAAGAGAAGGAAAGAGAAAGAGAAGGUAGACAAAUGGGUGACAGAGGCACCAGGUGCCCCCCCUCAAGGACCCCAUACACAUCCAAUGAGGAAGUGAGGGAAGGAGGCUGCUAUCAGUCCCUGGCCACCUGCGCUGGUUCCCCUCCUCUCCACCGGUAAGAGUGGCAGAGGGAGGGACAGCACACCAGGGCCCUCACUCAGUCCAGGGGUGAACUGCAAGAAGCUCAGUGUUAGGGAACAGGGGGCAAGACGAGACACCGGAGAUGUAAGUGGCUCAGCUGGCAGCCACCGGAAGCUUUAAGUAGGGAAGUGGAUUCAUCUGGCAACAGAGUAGAGUGUAUGGUGGACACAGGCAAGACUGCUGGGGAGACCAGGAGAGAGUCAAGUUGGGGGAAGACGGCGCCUAGACCAGGUGGUGGAAUGGGGAUGGAGAGAACGAAGAGGUCGGGACUGCUCAGCUCCUGGUGAUUGAUGGUGGAGAGGUGGCAAAGGGAGGUCAAGAGAUGGCCCCAGGUUCCUGGCUUGGGCAGCUGAGGACAGAGAUGGUGGUGCCAUCUCUCAGAGCUAAGGGACAGAAAAGGAAGAACAAAUCUACAGAGAAGGUAAUGCAUUCUGUUUUACAGGUUAUUAGAGGUUCCUGUGAGAGACCCAAGUCAUGAUGUCAGGGGACGAUUGGGUGUGCUUGUCGGGAGCUCAGGAGGCGGGUGGGAACUAGAUACGGAGCUUGGCGUGUUACCCAUUUAUUGAGAGCACCUGGCGCUAAAGGACCGGCAGCCACCACCCAGGGGGAGUCUGUGGGGUGAGAAGAGGGAGACCUGGGAUGGAACCUCGAGGAGCCCCCAUCUCUGAGGCCUGGCCAGAGACAGGAGGCUGCUAAGAAGCUCCGCCACAAGAAGGGUGUUAUGGGCUGAACUGUGUCCCCCUAAAUUCAAAUGUUGAAGUCCCAACCCCCAGGACCUCAGAAUGCAACUGUAUUCGGAGGUAGGGUCUUUAAAGAGGUCAUUAAGGUAAAACAAGCUCAUGAGGGCAGGUCUUCAUCCAGUAUGACUGGUCACCGUAUAAGAAGUGGAAAUUUGGACACAGACAUCCAUAGAGGGGAAACACCAUGUGAACAUGAAGACAGCCACCUUCAAGCCACGAAGAGAAGCUUCAGGAGAGAUCAGCCCUGCUGGCAC